AUGUCCAUGACACUCCCCAUCACCAUUCCCUCCACACCGUCCGCCGGUAACUCCCCCGCGUCGGACGACAGUUCAAACCCCCCGCGUACUCCUCGCUCUCCAACCAGUGCACACACGCUUGCCCUUUCCUCUUCCGCCGAUCAAUCUGCCAUCAACAGCAAUGCUCAGUCUCAGACGUCUAACGCAAACCCCGCAAAUGCUGCUGUCACUCAGGUCAAGAGAAAGCCCAGCCGGCGUGCCAACACCGCAGAACGGCGAGCCACCCAUAACGCCGUCGAAAGGCAGCGCAGAGAGACUUUGAACGGCAGAUUUUUGGACCUUGCCGCUCUUCUUCCCAAUCUGUCUCAGAUACGCCGCCCAUCCAAAUCUGCAAUAGUGAAUUCAUCGAUUGCUCACAUCCACGCAUCGCGUCGUCAUCGCCUGUUGGCGUCGCGCGAACUUCGUCUUAUCAAACUCGAGUCAGACGCCCUUCGUCGUGAAUUGAACGAAUGGCGAGACCGCGCCGGUCUUCCUCGCGUUGAAGAACCUGUUCGUGGUGAAGGCUUUGCCAUGGUCCUUAGUGGCGAAGUCGAAGUCUUGGCAGCUGUUAUCGGCGAGGAGGAUGAUGAAGGUGGAAACGGUUUUGACGGGUACGAUGACGGCGACGAUGAUUUUGUUGGUGCAAUGGCGAACACGGUAGAUGACGGUGAAGAUAUGAGGAAUUCUUUUUCGCAGGCGAGCGCGGCUAUGCUCAAGAAUGCCAAUGCAUUCACACACAACAUCCCUUCAAACCCUUCGGGCAACAAUGGAAAUGCAAAUCCAUCUGGCAUCAACAUUGCUCAUCUCAUGCCACGUGGAGGUCAACACGGCGGGCCGAUGAUCGCUUCCAGCCCUCCCAACGUUUCUUUUGAGAACCCUGCAAUGACUUCGCUUUACGAGCCACACACUGGUCCGCAGUUUUCCGGUGCAUCAUUCCUCCAACAGCACCAUGCGAUGAAUCAGCCCGAUAUGGACAAGGCUGCUGCGUGGAACGCCCAUCUGUACACAGCGUUCACACCUCAACAACUGCAGCAACUUCAAGCUCAGCGAUCUCUUUUGACACCCCCCGCCAGCGCCCAAAACAUGGGACCCUCGCCAGCAUCAGGGAAUGGGUCGAACCCUUUUGCCGACCCAACCAGUCAGGCAUUUUUCGCCAACUUUCAGCGACAGCAACAGCUGGCUGCUUUGCAACACCAACAUGGGAAUAUGUCCUCGCGAGGCCAUAUGUACGGAAGCCCUCCGGAUCGGGAUGAUGCGUCUUCGGUAGGAUCGGGACGAGGAAGGAGAGAGAGGAGCGGGAGUUUGAGCACCGGUAGUGGGUACGGAUCUCCCCCGCACGGAUCUUCGGGCAGCUACGAGAUGCCCAAUGUAUUAUCAUCUUCGGGCGCUGGCGCACCUUCGGACUACGGUGUGCCCAAAAGGUUGGGUGCAAGUGGCCUCCACAUUAACACUGGUGUGCCAUGGAGCACGAGGGGAGAUGCUGUUGACGGGAUGGCAGGAAUGGUGAUGAAGCAAAGCUUGAACACGCCGAACAGCGUUGGUGGAGGCAAUGGCGGUGGCUACGGCAUGAUGAUGUGAGGUCAAUCAUCCAACUCGACCUUGCAUAUGCCGCCCAAAUUUUCACGUGUCUUCGAGGAUCAACUCUCACAGUCGGAGAUAUGCGUCUAUGCCAUGCCUUUUUUAUCGCCAUUCACCAUCCUGUCCAUGCUCUGUCCAUGCUUUGACCUUGUACUAUUCGAUAUACCAGCAUCUGCCGCGGUCUACGGCUUGUCCUUGUGAUAACUCUCGAUACCUCCAUCCGUCUUCCAACUCCUAAUAUCUAUUGAGACCACCGAUGUACCAAUUUAGCCCUGUACCGAUUUUCUUCUUUGUUGACCUGACUAAAACAACAGUAUUACGAUGGCCCCUAGUCGCUCGUUAACUCUGGCUAUCGCUCCAUUUCUUGCGCUAGAUGCGUAUAGCCAAUGCCGCUCAUUAUUGAUUAAUUUAUCUCACUGUACGGUACUUGUACUAGACCUUGUACCACCCCGACCCCCUAAAAGCUUUUCUGGAGAUCGUUUACCAAACUGGCCAAGGUGUCUGCCUUGAGGAAAGCUUCUUUGCUGGCGUAUUCCUCAUAUCAUGAUUCAUGAUGGGGUGUCAAUAUUGGCCCUAUGCAGGAUCCUCUGGUCUAUCCCCCAAUGGACUCGGAAUGUUCCGUAUCCCGUCUCUUUCGCGAUUUGUGUCAGCGCAACUCUGUAAAUCUGUCUAGACUUGCUACGCUCCAUGUUCCGCAUCCUAGACACAUUCAAAUCUUAUGUCGCCGUCGAGAAUCGCCUUUAUAUGAGUUUUCCUCUUUG